AAUUUUCUUUAUUUGGGAGAGUUAAACAUCUUACUCAAUUUCGUUACUGGCUAAUUUUGCUGACAUUUCCCAUCGAACAGGCCUGAUAUCGGAAUUCGCUUUAUCGCAACUUAUACAAAUGGGCAUCACUUUGCCAUCAGCUGUUUUCACUUCAACAAACCAGGCGAUUUAUAACUUCAGCAUAAUCAAAAUAUCAAAUGGCUUGUUUACGAAAAAAAUUCAAUUUUCUAAAAGCAAUUGCAAAAUAAAUAAAAAAAACCGGAGGACACCGAAAAUGUUGGAAACCUGUCAGAAACGUCAUAUGCUACUCGGUCUUGGCUUGUUAGUGGCAGCAACAGUGGUAGUACUCAUCAUCGAAUCACGAUUUUCUGAUAAUGAGAAUGCACGUCGUUCUCGAGCUCAGCAAUUUGUCAUCGAAAAUAAUUCUACUUGUUGGCAGCGUGAGGAGUACACAGUAAUUCAGGAAUGCCAUCCAUGUACCGAAUUUGAUAUUAUCAGUAAAAGUUUAGGAGUAUGUAUUCAUACACAUUACAAGGAGGUUCUGCGUUGUAAAAGUGGAGAAACUGUCACUCGCAGCUGCGAUCGUGUUGCACUUGUCGAUCAACGAAAUUUCAUCAAGUUUGAAAUUACGUGUUUCAUUUUGGGAUUAUUUAGCUAUUUGAUAUCAUAUACAAGAGAUCGGAUAUUAACACGAAGGACACAUUUAAGAAUCGAACGCCAGUUAAAUCGUAUGCAAUAGCGUUCAGCAUAAUUGGUAGCGUUUAUUAUCUUACAAAAUAAUAAACUGCUGAACAUAAUUUCUUCUGAUUUUUAAUGAAAACUUAUGAUAAAGUAUUUCAAGUAAUAAGUAAAAUGUAUGGAGUGGUAAUCAUUCGCUCUUCCCUAUGUGUAUUGGUAUUAAUAUGAAUUUAUUUAUGUUCGUCGUAAUUUAAAAAUAAUUAUACCAUAACCAUAGUAAAGUUUAGAACAAUAAACACCAUAACUUUUUAUACAAA